AGCAUCACUGUCUCACAUUGGGAAUAGAGCAUCUGUUCCAACACAUCACAGUCAGAGAAGCAGGUCUGGAGUGGACUGCACUACUCCACAGCCAUCCCUGCCAGCAUGGUGCUACCCUCACAGCUGGCAUAGAGGUACCAACCUGGCAGGAGAAUGGGAUGCUGCACUGGGAGAUGCACCUUAAUCCUGCUCUGCACCCUACAGCUGAUUGCUGCACUAGAACGCCAAGUGUUUGACUUUCUCGGCUAUCAAUGGGCACCGAUUUUGGCCAAUUUCCUCCAUAUCAUCAUCAUCAUCCUUGGCCUUUUUGGGACCUUGCAGUACAGACCCAAAUAUGUCAUCGCUUACGCCAUUUGGGCUGCCGUCUGGGUCACGUGGAAUGUCUUUAUCAUGUGUUUCUACCUUGAAGUGGGCGACUUGUCAAAGGAGAGCGACCUCCUCACCUUCCACGUGUCCCAGCACCAGUCAUGGUGGAGCGAACACGGUCCAGGCUGUAUCAGGAAGGAAGCGCCUAUCGCCGGCAUGGUCGGGCUGGAGAGCCACUCGUAUGUUUCAGUGGUUGGUUGUGCCAUAGAGUACCAAUACAUUGAGGUGAUGCACAGUGCCAUGCAGAUCUUACUGGCGCUCCUGGGAUUUGUGUACGCCUGUUAUGUGACCAGCGUCUUCACAGAGGAAGAGGACAGCUUUGAUUUCAUUGGUGGAUUUGAUCCAUUCCCCCUCUACCAUGUCAAUGAAAAGUCCAACCACCUGCUGUUCAAGCAGAGUUACCUGCCGGCGUAAGUGACAGAACUGGCGUCCAAACACUGGCUUGAAGGAAGCAGAUGUAUACAACAAUGGGGAGGAAUCCGCUGCUGCCUUCUUUCGAGAUAAGGGGAUCAAUACCGUCUGGAGCACCCUGUGCUGCUUGUGACUGUACAGGGACUAUCGGAAGCCCUGCGGCUCUCGCCGGGCACCGCAUCCUACAGCGAUACAAGCAUUCUGACUACUAGGCUGUGCACCCCUCUAUUUGCAGAUACUAUGUGACAAUGGAAACCCAUGACUGACAUUCAUCCUCUUCUCAGCACUCCUGCUUAGCCUGGCCUCUUCAGGGCCAACAACUGUGCCAGCUCGUUACAAUGUAAAAGGGGUGGUAUAACGUAUCCAAACCAACCAAGCCGCUGCAAACACUGGGGGGGCAGUUUGUUACA